AUGACUCAAACAGUUCAGACCAACGGGGUUCAAGCCCUGAGUAAGACCUGGGAGUUGAGCCUUUAUGAACUGCAAAGAACUCCACAGGAAGCUAUAACAGAUGGGUUGGAGAUUGCCGUUUCGCCCAGGUCAUUACACAGCGAACUCAUGUGUCCCAUCUGUCUGGAUAUGCUUAAAAACACCAUGACGACCAAAGAAUGCCUGCACCGUUUCUGUGCUGAAUGCAUUAUCACUGCUUUGCGAUCUGGCAAUAAAGAAUGUCCGACGUGUCGCAAGAAAUUGGUUUCCAAGAGGUCACUGCGUCCUGACCCUAAUUUCGAUGCCCUGAUAAGUAAAAUUUACCCCAGCCGAGACGAGUACGAAGCACACCAGGAAAGAGUGCUGGCUCGCAUCAGCAAACAUAACAACCAGCAAGCACUUUCCGACAGCAUAGAGGAAGGACUCAAGAUACAAGCUAUCACCAGACUGCAGCGUGGUAAAAGACAAACGGUGGAGAAUGGCAGUGGCGCUGAAGACAACGGAGACUCCUCACACUGCAGUAAUGCAUCUGUCCACAGCAAUCAGGAGGCCGGCCCGAGCAUAAAACGCACCAAGACGAGUGACGACAGCGGACUCGAUAUGGACAACGCCGCUGAGAACGGAGGCGGCGACUCCGUGAUUGACAGCGGCGCCAGCGAAAUAGAACUGGUUUUCAGGCCUCAUCCCACACUAAUGGAGAAGGAUGACGGUCACAACAGUGUGGAGUUUGUGCCUCGCUACAUAAAGACAUCUGGGAACGCCACGGUGGAUCACCUGUCCAAAUACUUGGCUGUGCGUCUGGCAUUGGAGGAGCUUCGAAGAAACACCGAGGCCAGUCCCGUCAAUGUAGACGCGGCUUCGGAGAAACAGUACACCAUCUACAUACCCACUGCUGGCAACCAGUUCACUGUCCUGAACGGUUCCUUCUCUUUGGAGCUGGUCAGCGAAAAAUACUGGAAGGUGAACAAACCGAUGGAACUAUACUUUGCCCCUACUAAAGAACACAAGUAA